CCAAAAAGGUGUCUUCACACUAAACUCAAAACCAACCACACUGACCAUCUCUCUCUCUAUCUCUACUUGGAGAGCCUACAAAUGAAGAAUCUAUGCCUUUGAUGAGUCUAUGGACAAGAAAGAGGAGGUAAAGAACAACGCAGAGAAUUCAAACUCCAUGGCAAACUCAACAUUUUCCGAUCAGAUUCCGGCUGUUUAUGCUACUGGUGGUGGUGGUGGUGGCUAUUUUGAUAUACCUCAAGGGUAUUUGGACAUGUUGGCUUUCCAGGACUACGGUGGCGCGUCUCUUUUUGAUUUGCUUCAACAACCAACUCCUCCGCCGAAUUUGGUAGUGGAGGAACAGCAGCAGCAGCAGCAGCAGCAGAAUCAUCCGCCGCCUGCAACAGUACUAGGUGAACCGUCAAUCCCACCACCGGUUUCCACCGUGCCGGAGACGGCUGAGAUGGUGAACACACCGACACAGAAUUCAUCCUCCAUCUCAUCUUCUUCAAACGAGGCUGCGAAUAAUGUUGAUCAGGAGAACAAUAAAAGAUCAGCUCAAGAGGAGGAUGAAGAACAACAUGAUGAUGAUGAUGAUCAAGAGAAGAUUACUAACAAACAGUUGAAACCCAAAAAGAAAAACCCAAAAAAGCAAAGGGAACCAAGAUUUGCGUUCAUGACAAAGAGUGACAUUGAUCACUUGGAUGAUGGUUAUAGAUGGAGAAAGUACGGCCAGAAAGCUGUGAAGAACAGCCCUUUUCCUAGGAGUUACCAUCGGUGCACAAGUGUCGCAUGUGGAGUGAAGAAGAGAGUGGAAAGAUCAUCCGAUGAUCCAUCCAUUGUUAUUACAACUUAUGAAGGUACCCACACUCACCCGUAUCCCAUGAUGCCUCGAGGAACCAUUGGGAUCUUGCCGGAAAAUGCUGGUUAUGGCGGUCUUAGCGGUGGUAAUGGUGGUAACGGUGGUGUUUCUUCUUUUCUUUUUACACAACCUCACUACCAACAACAACUACACCCACAACUUCAACCCUAUUUCCAUAACCAAACAACACCUUCAUCUUCUCUAAGCUUUAGCACCACUAAUACUAGUGCUCAUCCAUCAUCUUACUCCCAUUUCCUUCAAGAAAGACGUUUUUGCCCUUCACCUUCUGCUUCAUUGCUCAGGGAUCAUGGACUACUUCAGGAUGUCGUCCCAUUCGAGAUCCGAAAAGAUGAGCCCAAAGAAGAACAGAAUUAAUUAAGGGGGGUUUGACAAUUUUAAGUACUAUAGUUAACUAGUUUCAUGCUUUCGACACAAUCUUUCUAGUAAACUUAUGUACUAACAAUGUACAAGGAUCGGUUUUUCUCGGGUAAAUUGCCUAUUUUCAGGUAAAGAGAAACACCCACUUCAUCAUUGCGUAGCAAACUUUGAUCAUCGAUCAGUGUACAAUGACUAGGUUUUUUGGUUUUAGCUAAGCUAGCUAAUUAUGGAGGGGUUGGCUUUCUUCAUGUUGGUUCUUUCGUUUAUUCGUUGUACUUGCCUGAUAUUCCCAUAUUUUGCUAUGGAGAUAUAUUUUAGGGUAUAUGAUUUUG